ACAGUAUGUGGGAGACAGCAUUCUUCAGACUCGCCGCUCUGAAAACCUCAAAUCUUACAACCCAGAAGACAGCAAUCUUCACGAAAAACAGUAGUCGGCACGCCACUGGUACACUGUUCAAUACAGUGGCGGAAAUAAAAGAAAAAAACGUUUGGCUACAUUCACCUUACGGCGUUUUCAAUUGGUUGAGCAAUGUAUGGGCCGCUUUGCUAUUGGCUUGAUGAGCGAGUCACAACUGUUUUGGCGCCGAGUGUGGAAGGUGGCAUAAAUAGCUAUGUAAAUAUCGCAACGCCACAUAGUCUAGACAACACACCUGCUACGUGGCGGUUUGCAGUUUUUUUGACCCGUUGUUUCUUCUUACCUUAUUUGUGUUUGCAUUAUUUUUAAUUCGAAACAAAUCUUCUUCCUGAAUAAUGGCUACUUUGAAGUUCAAGGAUCCUUCGCCCUACACGCAGGAGCGGCCUAAAGCCCCAGCUGUUGAUUUUCUAUAUUCCGGUUUCCUGAAAGAUAUUGCACUACAGCUGACAGAAAGAGAGGAAAUUGUCCAGCUGGCACUAUUUGGUGUUGGCCGAGCAGGCACCAUUCACUUGAGCAGCUUGGCCUAUAACCCCCGGGUCAAGCUACUGUACAUUGUGGAUGACAUGAAGGACAAGUGGGAAGCCAUCAAGAAGUAUUGGAAACUAGAAGACACUCAGUUCCUCUGUAGCACUGAUGCUGAUAAAGUUUACCAGGAUCCGAGAGUAAAAGCUGUGCUGGUGGCAACCCCUACCAACACACAUGAGUUGAUUGUGACAACAGCACUGGCUCAUUGUAAAGAUGUUUUCUGUGAGAAACCUGUGGCAGAGAGCAUCCUAGGUGCUGAGCGUUGCUACAAACAAGCCAAGCAAGCUGGGAAAUUGCUGUUCUCUGCCUUCCAGAGGAGAUUUGACCCAGCUUUUAGCAACAUUAAGCAACAAGUGAGAAAUGGGGAGGUUGGCCAUGUGCACACCAUCAAGACAUGCAGCCGGGAUGCUCAGCUGCCAAGCCUUGAGUACCUCCGCAGUUCAAGUGGCAUCUUCCAUGACACAGCAGUGCAUGAUAUUGACCUCAUGUGCUGGAUACUUGGAGAAUAUCCAACACGUGUUGCUGCGCAAGCAUCAACUUUCACACCUGAGAUUGCAAACAUUGGUGAUUAUGACACAGUUGUCAUCACGCUACAAUUCCCUAGCGGAACACUCGGCAUUAUUGACAUUAGUCGACUGUCAUCUCAUGGCUAUGACCAACGUAUUGAGGUUUUUGGACCACGUGGAAUGUUGACCUCCUCCAAUGAGAGACCAAUGCCAGGUAUAGAGAGAUACAAGAUGGCAUAUUUGAAUGAGAUGGAGCACUUUCUUGACAUUCUGCAAGAUAAAUCAAAGCCAGCCAUCUUGGGGCAUGAGACACUUGCAGUAAGCAAAAUUGCAUCAGCCUGUGAGGAAUCAGCACGGUUGACUCGAUUUGUGGAAUUAGAAUGGGAACCUGAGGACAACCCACCUAAGUAGCAUAGCAGCAGUCUUCAUACUUCAACAGUCAGUCCACUGUUGACUGAAAACUAAUCUUUCAGUCACCCAAGGAUCAAAGAAGCAGUAUUUUUUGGAAAACACAUACAUCAGCACAAAAUAGAAAACCAUUAGACGUGCUUUUAUAAUGUUAAAAUUAUGUCCCUACCAUUGUAUAACUGGAAAUGCUGGAGUAAACAUCACAUGGGUUCCAUCCGUUCAUUACAAA